GUUUGAUCGCGACAAAGCAGUCGAGGGCUGCCGACUUUCUUUCUUCCACCUCUUCCCAUCCGACAUUUUUUGGGGGACUUGUCGCCAUCCACCCAAAACGUCGCGACCAUGGGUGUUCCCGCCCUCUUCCGCUGGCUGAGCCAGAAAUACCCAAAGAUCGUAAGCAAUGGUAAGUUUGCCUUCCUCGUUUUGAUUUGGUCGCAUUGAUGUUGACAGGAUGUAGUCAUUGAGGAACAACCGCGCGAGAUCGAUGGCAUACAGAUACCCGUCGACACAAGAGGCCCGAAUCCGAAUGGCGAGGAGUUCGACAAUCUAUAUCUCGAUAUGAAUGGUAUCGUCCACCCAUGUUCGCAUCCUGAGGACCGACCUGCGCCCAAAGACUCGGAGGAGAUGAUGCUGGAGAUUUUCAAAUACACAGAUCGCGUUGUAAAUAUGGUUCGCCCAAGGAAGCUUUUGAUGAUCGCAAUUGAUGGAGUUGCGCCCCGUGCAAAGAUGAACCAGCAACGUUCGCGACGAUUUCGUUCCGCCCAGGAGGCUCAAGAAAAGGCUGCAGACAAGGCUGAACUACUCAAAAUGCUAAAGUCGCAAGGCGGCCGCAUUGAGGAGCCAGAAGUCAAGAAAGCUUUCGACUCCAAUGAGAUCACACCUGGCACACCUUUUAUGGAUAUAUUGGCAGCAAGUUUGCGAUAUUGGAUUUCACUUAAACUCAACACUGAUCCCGCUUGGGCUAAGAUGAAGAUUAUCAUCUCUGAUUCCACAGUCCCAGGUGAAGGAGAACAUAAGAUCAUGGAGUUCAUCCGAUCUCAGAGAUCCUCUCCUCACCAUGAUCCCAAUACUAGACAUGUCAUAUAUGGUUUAGAUGCUGAUUUGAUCAUGUUGGGUUUAGCCACUCACGAGCCUCAUUUCCGUGUUUUGAGAGAAGACGUUUUCGCACAAGACUCAAAACCCCGAUUGUGUCGUAUGUGUGGUCAGGCGGGCCAUGAAGCCAGAGAGUGUACUGGCCAAGCCAAAAUCAAGGACGGUGAGCAUAACGAGAAAGAUAGCGCACCACCUUUGAAACCAUUCAUCUGGCUCCAUGUUGGUAUUCUCAGAGAGUAUCUGGAAGCGGAAAUGUAUGUGCCCACUCAACCUUUCAGAUUUGAUCUUGAGAGAGCGUUGGAUGAUUGGGUUUUCAUGUGUUUUUUUGUUGGAAAUGAUUUCUUGCCACAUUUACCCAGUCUUGAGAUUCGAGAGAAUGGAAUCGAUACCUUGAUUGCUAUCUGGCGUGACAAUAUUCCUUUCAUGGGCGGUUAUCUUACAAAGGAUGGCCAGGUUGAUUUGGAAAGAGCUCAAUUUAUUCUCGAAGGUCUAGCUAAGCAGGAAGACGCCAUCUUUCGCAGAAGAAAGCAAACCGAAGACAGAAGAGAAGCUGGUGCCAACAGACGGAAGCUUCAAGCUGAACGAGGUAGGGGAGGUGGUCGUGGUGGCCGAGGAGGGAGCAACGACUCGCCGUCAAAUGGCAGGCAUGUUAAUCCAGAGCACAUUGCCCCAGCCGGCCUCCCACUUUUUGCCCCAGGACAGCUCGAUAUGGGUGCAGAUGCCCAGGCCGUCACUCAUGACAUGGCAGUUAACAGAGGAGCGAUUUACCAAGCCAACCUGGCCAACAAGAGCGCCGCAGCAGCCUUGAAAAGUCAACUCAAUGGUUCCAAAGGAGAUGCAGCCACUGACAGCUCAGCAGCGACACCAGAAUCUCCUGCAUCUGCACUGGGUAAGCGAAAAGCUGAUAUGCUCGAGGAGGACAGCACACCCAAUACACCUCAACGCGGAACACCUGGAACACCCAAGACUCCAUCGGAUGAGCCACCAGUUGACACUGUUCGCUUGUGGGAUGAAGGCUAUGCUGAUAGGUACUAUUCGCAAAAGUUUGACGUCCAUCCAAGCAACAUUGAAUUUAGACACAAAGUUGCUAGAGCCUACGUCGAAGGUCUCGCAUGGGUUCUUUUGUACUACUUUCAAGGCUGCCCCUCUUGGGAUUGGUAUUAUCCAUAUCAUUAUGCACCGUUUGCUGCAGACUUCGUGGAUCUCAAGGACAUGAAAAUCGAGUUCAACAAGGGUAACAUUUUUAAGCCUUACGAACAACUUAUGGGUGUUCUUCCUGCAGCUUCAAGACAAGCCAUUCCAGAAAUCUUUCAUGAUUUAAUGACCAAUCCUGAGAGCGAGAUCAUCGACUUCUAUCCCGAAGAUUUCGUCGUUGACUUGAAUGGUAAGAAGUUCGCCUGGCAAGGUGUAGCUCUUCUCCCAUUCAUUGACUCUAAGCGACUACUCGACGCUAUGGCAAAGAAAUACCCCUUGUUACCACCCGAUGUCGCAGCUCGAAAUGUCGUUGGUAGAGAUGCGCUUCUGUUUGCCGAAGCUCAUGCAGAUCUUUAUGCCGAUGUCGCUACCAACUUCUAUUCCAAAAAGCAGGGUCCUCCGGAGUUCAACUUAAACCCAAAGUCAAGUGAAGGGUUGACUGGUACAAUCGAGAAGAAUGAAGCCCACUUGCCACAUGGCUCCUUGAACUUUCCGCUUAGCGACAAAAUGCCGAGUCUUGACGAGGAUCGUUCUAUGACGUGAGAAUAACCCCUUCCAAGUUUAUAUUGAAUUUUAUUGACAAGUUUCUAGUGUUCACUAUGAGAUGCCCAAAUCUAAACACCAUCACAAGUCUAUGUUGUUGAGAGGAGUUGUAUUUAAAGCUCCGGCAUUAAAUCAGGGGGACAUUGAUGCAACCAAGGGACGUGCUGCCAAAUCUGGACGCUCUCAUGGUGGUGUUCCAUUGGAUGGUAGAGGCCGCAAUUCGAUGAACUACGGGUCCGGGCAAUCGAAUCAAUAUCGUGGAAAUGGAGGCGGAAACGGAGUCGGAAAUGGCGGGGGAUAUGGUGGGCAAAACAACCGACAAUCUUACGGUUCCCAAAACAACAACCAUAAUAGUUAUAACGGUGGUGGCGGCUAUAACAACCAUCCUCCCGCUGCAUUCCCACCUGGAUGGCAACCUCCACCUCCUGGGUUUGGCAGUGCUCCUCCGCCACCACCUCCGGGUUACAAUUCUUAUGGACAAGGACCACCAGGUUAUUCACAGGGCCGGGGAGGAUAUGGCAAUGGUGGACGCGGCGGCUAUCGAGGCAAUGAUUCUUAUCGGGGCGGUGGUGAUUCUUACCGCGGCCGACGAUGAGAUCCAAAAAGCAGACUGAAUGGUGGUUUUGUCAUGAACUAUCGUGGUUCAUCUGUAUAAUAGCGGCGCGUUGCGUGACACUAACCGCGGCUUGCCCUGCUCGGGUGCGGUAACAUUAAGCUUACUUUGCUGAUCGCUUAUCUGCGAGUUAGUGAAGUGACUGAUAAUUGUAACUGACUCGUCACUUCCAGCGGUUUUUAUCUCCUUUUUCUUCUUUGCUUGCCGUUUACUUGAUUGGAAUGAAUCUUGAAG